AACAGUUCUCACAUUUUGCAGCAAGUAUUUCGCGAUAUUACCAAAAUUUCCAACCGCUUCCUGCAUCUAUUUCCACGCCAAAUCCCCUUAUCGAACCCACCCGAUGGGAUACGAAUCACCGGCCGGUGUAUACAGAGAAUGUCCGAAGGAAAAUCCGUGCGGGAGGAAAAUGUCGCUGUAAAACCAACAACACCGAACAGCAGCGGCAGGAAGAGCAACAAAAGCAAGUCCAAUUCCGGUGCGAAUCCACAACCGCCGACAGCAUCUUCGGAUCAGCAGCAACAACCUGCGGGCUCAGGGGGACGGAAGUUUAGCGAUCGGCACGUAGUGAAAAAGCGCGUUCUUCCCAAAUACUACACCCGGGAAAACGACAUCUACGUGACGUACAAAUCGGACUUUACGUUUCAAUACAAAAGGUGCUUGGAAAUCCUUAACUCUGCCCUAGGGGAAGCAUUCCUUCACUGCACCGGACGGGCAAUUAAUCGAGGCAUAAAUCUUGCGCUAAAAAUCAAGGGAGAAUAUCCGGAAGCAUUUGAUUACGAGGUAAAUACUUCCACCAUUGCAGUAACUGACGACCUACAUCCGCUGAAGGACGACGAUGACUUCAGCGAGCAGCGUCGUAUGAAUUCCUGUCUACACAUCCGGCUGUACCGUACCAUCAAACUCAAGCCAACCAACUCAGCUGCUUGAACAGAUUUCCAAUCUGCGCUCGUCAGUCCCCUCACCCAACCUAGAUUUAGAUAGUUUUCAGCGCUCCCCAGAGCAGUACAAUUGCCGUCAAA